AUGACAACUACUGGCACAAGUAUAGGCUCUAGUCAAACGACGACUCUACCGUCAAAUAAUGACACCAAUGAUUUAGCCAAGUACGGACUACAAGGCUUAUCGUCGUUGGUGAGAAUGGAACAAACAGAUUUCACGAGUUAUGCAAUUGGCCAAGAUAUCGGCAAAUGUGGAUUGGACCUAUCACCCAAUGCAAAAAUAUUGAAGAAUCUUGCAAGUCCGUGGCUGGAAACGUCACGGAGUGAAGUUGAACCACAAUUUCAAAUCCCUUUACAUCUACAAAAUUCUCAAUUGAAGGACCAUCAAAUAGAUCCAGCAACUUGCGAUUCCAAAAUUCAGAAUUUCACUGAUGAGACGUUAUUUUAUAUAUUCUACAUGAAACCGCGGGAUACGUUGCAAGAAUACGCUGCAAGAGAAUUGGUUGCUCGAAAUUGGAGGUAUCAUAAAGACAUUCAAGUCUGGUUAACAAAAGAUAGCAAUGUGGAGCCAGUUCUUAUCGGCCAAGAUGUGGAAAAGGGAGUUUACAUAUUCUUUGAUCCACAUAAUUGGGAAAAAAUCAGAAAGGAGUUUGUAUUGCAUUACAGUUCUGUACAAGCUUGA